AUGGUACGGGAAACCGUCAGGAAUAAACCUACCGUAAAAUCUGUUGCAGCUUCUGCCAUCCCGGAGCCGUCUUCCAAAGUUAAGUCCAAUGUAUCCGAGAGCCGAGAAGCAGCACAACCUUCUAGCAGCAAGACCGCCGACAAUGAAGCACGCAUGUACUCCCAUUUUAUGUCUCUAGGUGCUCCCGAGGUGGGCGAGCAGGAAUUUGGACGGUUGUGCAGGGGCCCUCUUGCGGAUGCACUAUUGUUCGCCGCCGAACAUGUCAAAGGAAGAAGCGAAACAGCAUCCGCCAGAGUAGCCAUUCAGAGUAUGCGUGAAACUGGGAAGAACAAGCAUGUUGAUACAGCCGAGUCGUCAUAUCUGAGGGCAAGGCAUGCGAAUGCACGUACCGUCUGUGCGAAGAAUGACUACGAAUCUAUGCAGGCCACUUUAAACGAUUUUUCUAAGUCGGUGGCAAAGCUGGAGAAUGAGGUCUAUCACUUGCAAAAGGCGCUGGAAAACAAACGCAUGACCAUCUUUCUACUGAAAAUCUUGAAAAGGAAGGAGAAUAUGCACAGUGCUAGGUUUGCUGAGUUAAUCAGACUACUAGAAGAUCUCAGGGAAAAUGCUCCACCGAAGUCAGGAUUCGAAAAGCUAGAUGCCGAAUCGAAUGAUUCACCGCCUUAUAAGCCAUCCCCGUCGUUUUCAUUAGGCACGCGCGUGGAGCCCACUCGUGAUGUCCUUGCGGCCCUCCGAGCCCAUCACGUCCAAUUGUCACGCUUCUCCAAGUAUUCUGCCAACAGUGCCUCAACUGGGACGGCUGAGACUCGACUUCUGAAGACCCUUGCGAGCGCCAUGAAAUUGCCGGAAGAUAAUGUGCAGGUCAUCGCAGGAUAUACGAAGUGCUUGAAGCUGGCUAAGAUACGAGCUAGAGAGAACCUCCAGUAUCAAUCCCCUCUCGACCCAAAGUCGACGAGCGAGGCGGAUGAUAUAAAUCUGGAUGCCGUUCUGAAGAGAGUUAUCCACAAGGAAAACAAUGUGCAACACCUCUCGGAUUCCGCGGUCGCUCUUCAAUGGUCAUGCGGGCGCGCCGUACAAUCGAUAUCUGCGUUCGUCGAGACGACGAUACCGGAGCUACGCGAAUCCCUCAGGGAAGAGGCGAGUGUUACUGAGGGCUACGUCGAUGCUCUACGCCUGUCUGUCGUGAACAGAGCGGAAACUUCAACAAUGACUUAUGGCAGUGCCGAUACAGGCAGUCCAUAUCAGCAUGAGGGCAAGGCGUGGCAUCGAACUCUGGAAGAGGUGCAGACAGCCAUUGAAGAGACGUACGCGAGAGAGCAAUUCUUGCGCCGCGCUACCCUUCUCGACAGCAGCAACGCACACCAGCAUGAGCACAGAGAAUUGAUCGCCACACACAUGGAACUUCAAGCCAAGGCGGACGAGCGCAUCGGGAACCUCCUCGCACGCAAACUCGAGAAAGCGCGGGUGGGCGAUGUCCUGACGAGGGAUGUAGAGCAAUUGGCGACAGAGGUGAAGAUCGUGGCCAGCCUGGUUAGCCCGAGUGAGAGAAGUUGA